AUGUCGUCAAAGGAUAUAUAUACGAUAAAUUAUGCCAAUUCAACUCUUCUUUCUCCCGUAGAAUCGCAAAUUCUCACACAAUACCAAUUACUUGCAUCUCAAUUGAAUAACCUUUCAUCAGAAAUUAAACAACUUAAUUCAGCAAAUACAAACAAGGUAGAGGAUGGAAAUGCUGAUAAAUUAUUGGAUAAUUUGAGAAAUUUAGAAAUGAAAAUUGGUCUAGUUUAUACAUUAUUCAAAGGUGCAGUCUAUUCACUUUUCCUUCAACAUGAAGAAGAUUUAAAUUUACAAAAUGAUAGAGAUAAUCGUAAAGUAGACUCACCAAAUGCAGUGGAAUUCCCCAGUGGGAAUAUUACAUAUCUGGAAGAAGAAGAACAAGAAGAUCAAGGGAAUGUAUAA